UAUGGUAUGUAAAGACUGUAAUUCAUCUAUUUGAUUAAAACUCGGAGAAAAGAAGUAAAAGAAAAACAUCUCUAUUUUUCUUCCUUGUUUCUUCUUCUUCUGAUCCUCUGCACAAAAUUUCCGGUUCCGACUGCUGGUGAGUUAGAAGAGAGGUAUGGCGCAAAGUCGUAGAUAUCGUGUAUGUCAUAUUCCAGGCGAAACCGGUUCAGGUUUAGGAGGAUUGUUUUAUGAACAUCUAGAUGGCUUUCUUGGUUUGGCUCCUCUACCAAGUAUUUGCUUGCAAAUUACUAUACUUGCACUCGUACCUCAUUUCAUUCAUAUGGUAUUGUCACGGUUCCAUCAACCCUUACUUGUUUCUCAAAUACUGGGAGGGAUGCUUGCUAGUCCAUGGAUUCUUGGGAAUUUGCAGAUCAGUCAUAUGGGAAUCACAUAUUUCAUGUUCCCUGUAGAUGGAUUUCGAGUAGUAGACAUGCUUGCUCAUUUCAGUUCCAUGUUUUUUAUAUUUAAAGUUGGAGUUCAAAUGGAUCCCAAAAUAUUAAAGAGAGCUGGGUGGCGAACAUACGUCAUGGGGGUGUGUUGUCUGCUUACCUCUUAUGUAUCUGGAGAGAUGGUUUCCCGCAGACUCAAAAAUGAUCAUAUCCCAGAAUUAAAGGCACGUACAAAAACAGAAGGGUUUCGCAGCGCUAAGAGAAUAGUUAAUCUAUUCGGACAGAUUUCUUUCCCUGUUAUCGCUUAUGUACUCAAUGAUCUCAACAUUCUUAACUCUGAGCUAGGUAACUUAGCACUUCAAAUAGCAAUGGUUGCUGAUUUUCUUCAUACAAAUGAAAGAAUCAUUACCUUACUCAGCCAUAUAAUCUCAUCUGGAAACUCACCACAAGGAAUGACUGUAAUAUUACUAUUAUUGGGGACCUUUAUAUAUAUAUUUUUUAUUGUGCGGCCGGGAGCGUUAUGGAUCGCAAAGCAUACACCUGAAGGGAGACCAGUAAAUGAUGUUUACAUUGCGUUGAUUAUGAUUUCGGUCCUACUGUGUGGAUUAGUUAGUGAAUAUUGUGGAUUGAAUGGUACAGUCGGGGCUUUCUUUCUUGGUUUGGCUAUACCUGAUGGUCCACCUUUAGGAUCUGCCCUGGUUCACAAGCUACGCAUUGUUACUGUAUUCUUCAUGCCUCUUCAUAUGGGUAUCGUUGGAUAUAAGACGAACGUUCACAAAGUUGAUUUUGCAUAUCUAUGGCGGGUUGUACUGGUCAUUCUUAGUUGUAUCCUUGGAAAGGUGAUCGGGCUUUUCGUCCCAGCUGUGCUUCUUGGUGUCUCUGUGCGCGAUAGUUUAUUGCUUGGACUCAUUAUGAACUUAAAGGGCAUCGUCGAGGUUUCUCAACUUAACACCUGGCUAGAUAGUAAACUGCAACAAGACAUAUUUAGUGCAUCAAACACAAUCAUGGUUCUCACACUUAUAAUGGUUGUAGCAGUUAUUACACCCGCGGUAAAAUACCUCUACGACCCUUCAUCGAAAUACUUAAGCUUCAAAGGAAGAUCAGUUUUGCAGUCAAACGAAAAAAAUUCAGAUUUUCGUGUCCUUGUAUGUGUUCACACCCUAGAUGAUGUUCCAGCCAUUAUCAGAAUCCUUGAAGCCACUGAUCCUACCGAACUCCGGCCACUCACCAUCUACCUUCUCCAUCUCGUUGAACUCGUGGGCCGUGCUACUCCUCUCCUUAUUGCGCACCCAUUGCAUAAACGUGCUGCCUCAUCAAACCCUACCAAAUCGGAAAGGAUAAUUAAUGUCUUCCAACAAUUCCAAAACCGCUACCAGAACGUUGUUACAGUUCAUCCCUUCUCCACCAUCUCCCCGUAUGCUUCAAUGCACAAUGAUGUAUGCACCAUGUCAGUUGACAAGAGGACUGCUCUCGUAAUCUUCCCUUUCUGCAGGCAAGAUACAACAAGUUCUAAUCGUUGUAUUAAAACACUUCUUCAAAAUCUGUUGCGGAACUCGCCAUGCUCAGUCGGGAUAUUAAUUAAUGGUAGUAAUUACCAAGGGCAGAAUACUUGCUUUGUGCCCAAUACGCCUUACCGCGUCAUAGUACUCUAUUUUGGUGGUCCAGAUGAUCGUGAAUCGUUGGCUUUUGCGAUGAACAUGAUUCAUAAUCCGUCCGUCUUUGUUACUGUUGUCAGGUUUUAUGAUGCUGCGAGUUUAUCACCUGACGAAGCUAUUGGCUAUUACAAUGAUUCUGUAAGCAUUGAUGUUGAGAGACAAAAGUUUCUGGAUGACGAAUUGAUAGAACAUUUCAGGACUAACACAAUGCAUGACGAAACAUUGGUAUAUAAAGAGGUAGAGGUGAAAGAUUGCGCGGAAACAAUAUGGGUAAUCCGGUCACUUCGAGAAGAUUUUGACCUUUUGGUCGUAGGAAGACGGCAAAUCACUCAUCCAAGAAUAAUUUUAGGAUUAGAAACUGAUUUGGAUGAAUUUGAAGACCUAGGAGCUAUCGGAGACAUGGUAUCAUCUCCUGAUUAUGGUGCUGAGGGCUCAAUCUUAAUAAUUCACCAACGGCAGGAUAUCACUUAAUCAUGCAGAGAUAAUGGUGCAUGACGCUUAAUGAUAUCCAAUUUGCAGAUUCAUGUACGCCGUAUUACCCGACAUUCUAUAUAUAUGGUGACGACAGUACUCUCUAGCUAUAGAGGUGUGCACGUGCAGAUUAGGUUUCUCCAGAGCUGGAAUAAAAUGAAGAUAGCGUCAUUGAGAGACUGGAACGCAAAGAGAACUCUCAAGACUGAAAUGGAACGGAAUCAAUGGGAAGAACUCCCGAGAAGCUAAGGGAAGCUUGGGGAGAGGUCUAAGAGACCAAGCAAAGAGAAUUUAGUUUGUAACGCCUAGAAACACACUUUGACAAGAACAUAGCAUUUUAAAGAAUGGUAACGCAAAACGAGGAAUUCCAAGCGUUCGACGAAAGCAUAAUUUAAAGAUGAGAGAGAGUACCUGCUUCAGAAUCGAAUUUGCAACUUUGUGUUGUUGCCCGUGGGUGUAUUACAAAAUGUGUUGUCGCAUCCUUAUGGGUUAUGGGAAAAUGGUUUCAAAAGUAGUCGACUACUGCUAGCCUAAAAGGUAGUAUAAAGUUUCUUUUUGUACGAUCUACAAUGAAUUUCCCGAUCAUAAGAUAGAAUUCGAGCUUCAUCAACAAUAUAAAGUUUGAAUUACGGGGCAAAGUUUGAGUUACACCACAUAUUUUGGUCAUAUUGCAGAUUUUAAUUUACAAGGCAAGUUUUAAUUUUCGGUUAUGGGUCAAGUUGUAGUUUCUAUGUAACAAUGCAAACAUUUUAAGCGACAAAGUGAAUUCGGGCCCACAAAACAGCAGUCAUGUGACAGACUUAGUUGAAGUCAAUGUAGUCAAUUUCGGCCGAGAUUUUGUCUGAAAUUUCGGUUUCGGCAUUCAAGGUAGCGAAAUGCUUGAUUUUACUAAGACGGGACUCGACCAAAAUUUGCCGGAAUUGGCGGGAAUUCUUGGUUGAAUUUUAGUUGACCUGACCAGAAUUGGCCGGAAAUCUCCAUUGAAGUUUUUGAAAUUUGUAUGGAUCUUGGGUUUUCUACUAUUUUGAAUGAAAACUUGUU